AUGCUCGGCGCGAUCCCCGGUGAGUGGAAGAUCUUCGUCCUCGACGCCGUCACCACGCGCGUCGUCUCGAGCGCGUGCGGCAUGAGCGAACUCACCGAGGCGGGCGUGUCGCUCGUGGAGAACGCGGCGCUGACGCGAGAGCCGCAGCCCAAGUCGGACGCGGUGUACUUCCUGAGCCCCACCGCGGAGAGCGUCGGGGCGCUGAUCGACGACUUCAAGCACGCGAAGCGGCCGACGUAUCGCCGCGCGUUCGUCUACUUCUCGUCGUCGCUCUCGCCAAACCUCCUCGCGGCGAUCAAAAAGUGCAAACCGCUGUUGCAAGCGCUCGGCGGGCUGGCGGAGUUCAACAUGGAGUACCAGGCGAAAGACGCGCGGUGCUUCACGACCGGGCAGCCGAGGACGCUGCGCGCGUUCUUCGACCCGGCGUCGAGGACGACGACGACCGGGAGUGGGAGCGUCUCUUCGUUCAACGAACAGGCGCACGUCGCGGCGACGCGUCUCUCCACGCUGCUGGCGGCGCUCGGAGAGUUCCCCGCGAUUCGAUACGCGGCGCACGACGCCGCCGGGAAGCCCGGCGCGGCGGCCGCGGUCGCGCAGCGCGUCCACCGCGCGAUGCUGACGCUCCAAUCCAAGCCCGGGCAGAGCUCCAUCCCGGACGCGCCGACGUGCGACGUGUUGAUCGUCGACCGCGCCGUCGACGUGGUCGCGCCCGUCGUUCACGAGUUCACGUACGAGGCGAUGGUGCACGACUUGCUUCCGGUGUCCAAGCAAGGCGCGUACAAGUACGCGAUUCAGACCAACGCGGGCGCGCAGAACAAGGAGGCGGUGUUAGGGGACGGCGACCCGCUGUGGACGGAGCUGAGGUACGAGCACAUCGCGCCGGUGUUGAACGCGCUCGCGGUCAAGGCGAAGGAAUUUAGCGACAUCGGAGAGAGCGCGCGGCUGACGGGGGAGGCGAGCACGGGGAAGAUCAAAAAGGUUGUCGAAAACCUUCCGCGGUUCCUCGAGGCGCAGAGCAAGCUCAGCGUGCACACGUCGAUCGCGGCGCGGAUUAAUCACCAGCUGAGAAACGCGGGCUUGAGCGACGUCGGACGGUUAGAGGAGGCGGUGAUCUUCGGUCAGGCGACGAGCAAGGACAUCGUGACGCUGCUGAACGAGUUUCGCGCUGGCGGCAAGGGCGACGGAAGCGACCUAGAUCAGGCGAUCAAACUCCGCCUGCUGUUGCUGUACGCCGCGUCGCACCCGGAGAAGUUCGACGACGCGGAGCGGACGCGAUGGAGCAAGGCGACCGGGCUGACGACGGAGCAGCUCAAGUGCAUCGGCUGCUUGGAGUUUUUAGGCGCGCGGACGGAGAAGAGGAAGGGCGUCGGCGGAAAGAUGGCGUCGUUCAAGACGAAAAAGACGAAGCGUCCGACGGUGCACGAGCGCCGGUCCGAGUGGGAUCUGAACCGUUUCUUGCCGACGAUUCAUAUCCUCGCGAAGGCGCUCGAUGCGCAAACGCUCGCUCCGGAUGCGUUUCCCGCGCUCGGAGGGUUAGUCGCGUCGCCGCGCGCGGGCGACGACGACGGCGGCGACGUCUUCGACGGAGGAAAAAAUCCCUUCGCGGCGACGACGGCGGCGACGGCGACCAAGCCGACGAAGCACGCCGUCGGCGCCCCGCAGCACCGCCGCACGGGCUCGAUCGCGAAGCGGUGCGCGAAGCAGCCGCGACUGUUCGUGUUCGUCGUCGGCGGCGUCACGCGCGGGGAGACGAGAGAGGCGGAGGUGCUGUCCGAGACGUUGGGACGGGAGGUGGUCGUCGGCGGGACGGACGUGAUGACUCCGGAGGAGUUCGUGAACGAGCUGGCGUCGCUCGGCGGCGGCGGCGGGCUGGGGGCGAUCGCGCGCGACGCGGAGGACGUCGAGAUUGAUCUGGACGACUUGGACCUCGGGGAUCUGUCGCCGUGAUGAGACGCGAGCGCGCGCGGAGGCGUAGUAGAGCGGGUUUUGUGAUGGAACAGAGAGAACAGACGAACCGAACGCGCUCGUCUCUUCCGAGGAAAACGAGCGCGGGGACGUGGUUUUCAAAGUCGAGCCGCGCCGCCGCCCGCGGUCGCAGUUCUUCGCGCGCGAACGCGAUGCCGCAGUCCAGGAAGAAGGCGAAGUCCGCCGCGAAGAAGAGGGCGAAGACGGAGGCCGCGGCGAGCGGCGCGGGGGGAGACGCGCUUUCGCUCGAGUUCGUCCGCGCGUUGACACGCGCGGACGCGGAGACGGGGGCGAACCUGUCGGGCGAGAGUCUGGCGAACGAGUUGACGCGGCUGACCUUGGCCGCGGCGGAAUACUUGGAAGCGACCAGGAAGGUUAAAGACUCGGUCAGGGCGGACUUUGGAGAGCUCAAUGCGGCGUGCGCGAGCGCGGAGGAGAAGGACGCGCUGGCGGCUGAGUUCGAGGCGAGGAUAGGGAAGGACCUUAGAAUAACGGCGGAGUUCA